GACCCCAACUUCCUAAAGAAAAAAUAUGGAGAAGCUUUCGUUCAAAUUGGUUUUCUUAGGUGCACUGCACUAUUGAUGUUUUUACUUGGUGGUAUAUGUGAAUGUGAUGCUUCUCCGGCUAGAUUACUUGAAGAAAUUGAUUUACCCAUAGGACGGCCUUGCAACACAAGCGAUGAUUGCCUUUAUCCAGCGUGCGGAUGCAAUCCUUUUAUAGGUGGUGAGUGUGAAUGUGAUGCUUUUCUAGCUAAAUUAUUUGAAGAAAUCUCACCCAAGCAGCCAGAAGUACAAAAGAAGGUGCCAUGAAAUUAAGAGUGAAAUCUUUAGAUCUCUUUUGAUGAGUAAACCAAAUAUGCAAAAAUUGGGUAAAAAAUAAACCAAAUAUAUGGAAAAUAAACCUUGGUUUUAAGAUUGUUCAAUUCCUUAAAAAUAAUAAAAAUAUUCAUCUUUC